CUGGGAUCUGCGAGCUUAGCUUCUUCGAGGGAAGGAGGAUGUCAGAGCACUUGGAGAAGGUUGCUACGCUGACAGGCCACACCGACAGAGUGUGGGGUUGCGACUGGCGGCACGACGGCUGCGUGCUGGCCACAUGCAGCGCCGACAAGACAGUCAGGCUCUGGAACAUCGACAGCAGCGGCAAGGCCGGGCCCGUCAGGGCACCGUGCGCGGUGAGCACCGACCACACACGCCUCAUCGAUUCAUGCACCCGUCACAAAUACAUAGAUCUCUGCAUAUGAGCACUUUGUUUGUCAGGCGGUGCUGAAUUCCGACACGCAUGACCGCACCAUCCGCACAGUGCAGUUCUCACUGGACGGCUCGACCAUCGCAGCGGCCUCAUUCGACGGCAGGACAUCCCUUUGGAGGAGGGAGGAGCAAGAUCUCGAUGCCGCUCCCGACGAGGCCGCCGGCUGGCGGUGCAUGACCAAGCUCGAAGGGCACGAAAACGAGGUGACGGACCGACGCUCAGAUGGACGGCAUACGUGGAUCAGGAGGCGAAUGCAUAUCCGGUCUGGAGUUGUUUGUUGUUAUGGGUGUGGUGUGCAGGUGAAGUGUGCGGUAUGGAGUCCGUCCGGUGAGUCGAUCGCCACGUGUGGGCGCGACAAGACGGUGUGGCUGUACGAGCGGGUGGAGGGGGAGGGGCAGGGCGGCAAGGAGCCCAGCUGGGAGUGCGCCGCCAUACUCACCGGACACACACAGGGUGAGCCGACGGAUGGAUAGAUGUGUGUGGUGAGUGGGGGUGUGCUCUCUUUCUGUGUGUGUGCCUGUUAGACGUCAAGUGUGUCCGUUGGCACCCCGAGGGUGAGUUUCUGCUGUCUGCGAGCUAUGACGACACCAUCAAGAUGUGGGGCAAAGUCACCGACGACUGGUGGGCGGAGACAGAGGGAGGGAGGGAGGAAGGGAGGGAGGGAGACACACAGACGUAGAUGCAUCUGGCUGUGGCUGAUGGGUUUGUGCAGGGGUCUGCUGCACACGCUGCGGGGCCACACAUCGACUGUGUGGGGCAUCGCAUUCAACCACGAUGGUGACACGAAGAGACCGUGAAGGCGGUCAUAGCAUACUUGGCUGCGGUGCACAUCACAUCUAUCUCUGAAAUGAUCUCAGGUUCCCACUUUGCCAGCUGCUCCGACGAUCGCACUGUCCGGAUAUGGACACGUAAGCACAGCACAGCACAGCACACAGGGGGGACACAUAAAGAAACAUCAGAGUGACCCGCCCAGCCAGUCACCCAUCCACUCGCCUUUGUACAACGUUGCAGGUCUGCCUCCCCGGCGGCCCCCAGCGGCUGCCCCCCAGCAGCAGACUCUCCCCGACGGCAAAGGGAAGCUGCCCCCAUGGUACCUGUCCGGUGUCUUCAGAUCCGCCGUCACAUCAUCCUCUCACACAGAACAACUUGACCAAUACCUGCAGCAGCAGCAGCAGCAGCAGCCAUCUGAGCAGGAGCCACAGGAGCAGCAGGAGCAGGCCAACGGUGUGUUGGGUGAAGAGGAGAGGGUCGAGAUGGAUGUGAGUGGGUGGCGGUGCAGCUGCACGCUGCAGGGGUAUCACGGGAGGACCAUCUACUGUGUCGACUGGAGCAAACAGGGGGACGACUGCAUCGCCACGGUCAGUGAGUGAGUGAGAAGGCAGAUAAGGGAGAGGGGGUCACGCUGCACAAGUGUGUUGACGUGUGGAUCGCUGUGUUGCUAGGCGUGUGGUGACAACGCAUUGCGUGUGUUCAAGAAAGCGUCCCCUGACGCCACCGAAUGGACGCUCAGCUGCAUGCAGGUAAGGAAGGUGGGUCAGUCAGACAAAUCAGACACACAAACAGACAGAUGAGGAGAAUGCACUUCCAUGUGCUGGUGGUUACUCUCAGCCCGAUGCCCAUGGAACCGACGUCAACACGGUCAUGUGGAGGCCACACAGAGAGGGUGGGGGGUUGGGGAGGAGGGCACCGCACACAAGUGCGGAAGGAAACGGGCAGGCGUAUCUGUGUGUGUGUGUGUGUGUGUGUGUGUGGAGCAGAGGAUGGGAGUCUGCUUCUGGCGACAGGAGGUGCGCAGCACAUCGAUCACACCCACAUGGACGGCUGGAUGUGUGUGUGGAUGUGUGCAUCUCUGUGUGCAGGUGAUGAUGGGAUGGUCCACUUAUGGCGAUACGUGCCGGCCGCUGACGCAGGAACAGCAGCAGCAGCAACAGAGUGAUUUUCAAUACUUAUGCACACAAGCCGUGGCCCAAAGAGCUUGCGUGACUGACAUGACGGCGACAGUGUAUAGAUUGCCCUACCGUACGGCUUUGUCUGGCUGGAUGUGUCAGAUGUUCUGAUACAUGCCAGCCCGGCCCGGCCUACAUGACAUGUGUGUAUGGUCAAUGACCUUUUUUCACGCGCUUUGCACAGCAAAGACAUGAUUGAAUUUUGCACAAUACAUAAACACACAG